AUGUCUCCUGCGAGAGGAGAGGAGGCUCGGGCGUCAAGUCGCUGUCCUGAAGAUGAUUCAUACGACUCAUUUGAGGCGAACCUCUCCCUCCACCCUCCAAGCCUUGAUGCUACGGAGGCGAGCCGCUACGUACUGCGAGCUCUACGUUUCUACGAGCUGCUACGUGCCGCUCCGAGGCUCUACGAGCAUGCGAUAUCUCUUUGUGUACCGACGGCAGUUUUGAAUGUAGGAGCCGAGCGUCACCAGACCUGCCUGUUCUGUGACUCGGGGUCGAGGCGAUCGAAUGGCUCACACGGACUGAUACUAAACAGAAUACAUGAUACACACGGACAGAGCCACUGGCGGAUCCCGUACGCGGACAAAAUCACCCCGGAGCCGAUCCUGAACAAAACCGGGGGGCGCGACACAAAGGCGGACUCCAUCAGGAACAGUUAUAAUAGCCAAUUCAAAGUUGGCAUUUACGGCUGGAGGAAGAAAUGUCUUUACAUUCUAGUCAUGACACUCAUGCUUAUGAUGAUUGUCAAUCUCGCGCUGACGCUGUGGAUUCUCAAAGUAUUGGAUUUCAAUUCGGAAGGUAUGGGUCAGCUCCGUAUAGUCCCCGGCGGGCUGCAACUACUGGGCCAGGCUCUAGUAUUGGACUCAUUGUUCGCGUCCAGCAUCAAGUCUCGCCGCGGACAGCCCAUCAACAUCGAGUCCUCCAGAAACUUUACGAUCUCCACCAGAGACUCGCACGGCAUGACGCAGACCAAACUAUUCUUAGGUCAUGAUCGUCUGGAGGUGAGCGUGGGUAAGUUGGAGGUGAGGGACAGUCGAGGAGGCUUGGUGUUAGGAGCGGAGCGCGGGGCCGUCACUGUGGGCGCUGACAACCUGGUGGUGGCGAGUCCCGCGGGCGCCUCCUUCACUACGGCCGUACAGACGCCGCUCGUUAAAUCACCACCCUCCAAGCCAUUGACCUUGGAGUCUCCAACUCGGUCCCUGGAGAUGCACGCGGCGCAGAGCAUCUCGAUGGAGUCCCGAGCCGGGGACAUCAGCGCCAGCUGCCUCACCACCUUCAGACUGAGAUCCAUCGCUGGGGCGAUAAGACUGGACGCCCCGAGUAUAUACAUGCCCAAGUUGAAGUCUGCGCUGCCCCUGCCCCCGUCUGCGCACACCCACGACCCUCAUCAUCAGAACAUCUACCAGCUGUGUGCGUGCGCCAACGGCAAGCUGUUCCUGGCGCCACCCCACGGAGUCUGCGCGGCCCGAGACGAGAGCUUGAUCUGCCGAUGA